GCGCGCGCGCGUGUGUGUCAGUCGCUCUUCGCUCGCGGGGCUGGGUGACGAGAGGGCAGCGAGGCAGAGAGUGGCGGCCGCCGCCGCCGUUUCCUCCUCCUCCUCCUCAGCAUGUUGCCAUCCCGCCGGGUCCCCAGAGAGAGGCGGCGCCCGCUCGGGGCGGCACGAGCGCAGCAGCGGCAGGAGAAGGAGAAGCAGCAGCAGCGGCAGGAGGACGAGGUGACCGACAAUACCAAGGCGGCGGCGGGGGAGACAGCGGCGAGCAGAGGGGGCUGCCGCGCCGAGGGCAGCAGCAGCAGCAGGUGCUAGGUGUGUGGAAGAGCGAGAGAAAAGCGCGCGCGCGCUACCUGCCUGGCCGCCGGGUGAGCAGCCCAGCCUCUGCCUCAGGUGCGUGCCGGCGGCGUGGAGAGCGCGAGAAGAGAGGAGGGCGAUCAUGCCAGCGCCAGCCGCGCGUCUCCAUCGCCACCUCCGGGCCCUUUAGCGCCGGGUUCCCGCUGUGCCUGGACGCUCUUCCUGCUCCUUCCUGGGAUUAAUUCGCUCCUUGCUGGAGCCCGGAGGAACUGAACUCGCCUGGACUCAAGCGAGGGGAAGGAGGCCUUGGAGGCUUCGCAUCGCCGGAGGAAGCCCUUCUCCCUCGAAAGCGCACGCCGCUCCUCCUGCGCCCGGCGCGCUCCUCCUGCUCAUCUGUUGCUUGAACGGGCGGCCCCCUCCCUGCUCUGUCUCUCGCUCGCCGGGCUUGAUGGAGGAAGCAGCCGCCUUCGCCGCUCCUUGCCCUUCCAGCUGAACCUCCCUUGCGCGGCCAAGCUGUGCUCUGGACUCGAGCCUCCCUCUCUCACUCUCUCUUGCCUUCCUCUCCCCCUUCCCCGCCACCGCUCCCCAGACGCACCUUCCUCUCCAAACCCUGCGAGGCAACGUCUCCAUAUCCCGCCCCCCUCGCUCGUUCUCCCCCCCUCCUUCUCUCGCUCGUUCUCCCCGACCCACUUUGGUGCGAUGCUGCUGCUGCUGCCUUGGACCUUCGCUUCCUAAAAGCGCCGUUUGCUGUUGCGAUCCUUCCGUUGGAAAUUUACAAAGGAGACCCCCCGGGAUAAAGGAAAAAAAGGGGGGGAAGGAAAGAAAAGGCGGCUUCGGGGGGGGAGGGGGAGGAACAUGGAUGAGAAGCUGCAAGCGCAUCAGGUUGACAUCGACCCGGAUUUUGAACCCCAGAGCCGGCCUCGCUCCUGCACCUGGCCGCUGCCUCACCCCGACUUCCCGGGAGAAGAGGACGAUGGAGCCGCGGCUGCCGGCGCUGGUGGUGGUGGUAGCGGCGCUGGUGGAGGAGGCGGCGGCUCCAAGCACCCCUUGGCCGGCGGAACGGAAGGCGCCGAGAACGCCGGAGUGGCGUCGGAGCGCGGCAAAGCCACCCCGGCGCUGCCUUCUCUGGGCGCGGACGUUGGACAGCUCCGCAAGGCGAAGACCUCGCGGCGCAACGCCUGGGGCAACCUCUCUUACGCGGAUCUCAUCACCAAAGCGAUCGAGAGCUCCCCGGAGAAGCGACUCACCCUCUCGCAGAUCUACGACUGGAUGGUCAGAUACGUCCCUUAUUUUAAGGAUAAAGGAGACAGCAACAGUUCGGCUGGUUGGAAGAACUCGAUCCGGCAUAACCUGUCUCUGCACACCCGCUUCAUCCGCGUGCAGAAUGAGGGCACGGGCAAGAGCUCCUGGUGGAUGCUGAACCCCGAAGGGGGCAAAACCGGCAAGACGCCCCGCAGGCGAGCUGUCUCCAUGGACAAUAACAGCAAGUUCCUGCGGAUCAAGGGCAAAGCCAGCAAGAAAAAGCAGCUGCAGGCAGCCCAGGAGCGCGGAGAGGAGAGCCCGGCCAGCCAGCAGGCCAAGUGGUCAGAGAGCCCCAACUCCCACGCGAGCGAGGAGUACGAUGCCUGGGCUGACUUCCGGACGCGGGCCAACUCCUCUGCCAGCACCUUGAGUGGGCGCCUCUCCCCCAUUAUGGCCAACCACGAGCCGGACGAGCUGGAAGAGGACGAUGGGACUCCGUCCUCCCCGCUGAUGUACCCGAGCCCGUCCAGCACCAUGUCCCCUUCCUUGAACGCCCGCUGCUCCGUGGAGAUGCCCCGGCUGACCGACCUCACCGGCACCAUCAACCUGAAUGAGAGCCUCGGCGAGAGCCUCCUGGAAGACUUGCAGGACAACUACAGCAUGAGCCCUGCCCAGCCACUGCCUGCCGGGGGCCUCAGGCAGAGGAACUCCAGCUUCAGCUUCAACUCCAAGUGCUCUACUGUGGGCGCUGGGGGAGGAGGAGGAGGAGGUGGUGGUGGUGGUGGUGGAGGAGGAGGAGGAGGGAGCACCUACUGUGGGACCAUCUACAGCCAGCCGGCCAUGAGCCUUAUGCGCCGCCUGCCCAUGCAGACCAUCCAGGAAAACAAGCAGGCCACCUUUGCUCCCAUGAACUCCUACCGCAAUGCCUCCUUGCAGGACCUGCUCUCCUCCAUCUCCUAUGCCCACAAAGAGGGCGAGGCACACAUGCCACAAGCCAGCAGCAUGGGGCCACCCCGCGGCCACAGACAAAACCCCCUUGUGUGUGGCGGCGGGGGUGGCGGCGGAGAGAUAGGUCUUGUCCCUUACCCUCCCCACUCGUCAUCCCUCAUGAAGAGCAACGCGUUGUACCACCCGUCACCAGCCAACCACCACCACCACCACCACCCAAUCAGCAACAGUGCCUUACCCUCUCCUAUCAGCCUUAUGAGCCUGCCCAAUGACUCUUGCAGCAUGGUGGCCAUGCCCCAUCACGGGCACAUCCAUUCCUACAUCAACAACCAAGGGGCACACAUGAGUCUGCUAGACUCCUUGCAGGGACCCUACCCAGAAGCCAUGCACACCCCUGUUUUGGGCCAGGACAGAUUCCCAGCAGACUUGGACUUGGACAUGUUCAACGGUAGCUUGGAGUGUGAUGUGGAGUCCAUCAUCCUCAACGACUUUAUGGACAGCGACGAGAUGGACUUCAACUUUGACUCAGCUCUUCCGCCGCAAAACGGCCUCAACAUGGCCACUUUGCCCAGCGCCCCGCAGCCCACCAAUCAGAGCUGGGUGCCUGGGUGAGACCUGCUUCAGGCAACUGACCCACCAGUCAGCAGGAUGAGAGGGUGGGGUGUGUGUGGAAACAAACUUUCUCCCCCGCCCUACUCCGCCUUUCUUAUUUUCUUUGCCUUCAUUUGUUCAGCCAGGCUAGAGCCAUCUGUUUAAACUUGACGACAACACUAAACACACAGACACACACACACACACAAAUACACAAUGUAGGGUAAAAUGUUUUGAAAGGUACCGGCGACUACUCGCUUGUGCCAGGUGUAUCGUGCAGUAAGUCAGAUCUGUCUUUGAUGUGUGCAAUAGGCACAAGUUAGCCAUGGCAUUGCAGAGCUGCUGCCCGCCCACCCCUUCCCUCCCCCUUCCCUCCCUCCCUCCCUGGGCACCUGCACUAUUGCACAGAAAGAGGGAACUAGUGAUUUGUGGCUAGAAGAGACAUCUGGGUCUCCACGGCGGCCCAGGUAGCCUCAGUGAAUUGACAGCUCUGGCUUUUCAUUCACCCAUUUCCCAAUUGUUUUCAGUACAGCUCAAAUCUAACUGGACACCCUAGCUCCAUUUCCUGGCCCAUGCCCAUCUGUGACACUCCUUUGGCAAAGGCCAGUAGCUUAGGAUCCCCUUACUUUUAUUAUGGUGGGGGACGGGGCUCUGCGCGGUCUUGAUAGAUAGCAGCACCAAGAGCUGCAGGGGAGAAGCUUGCAGCACUAAAGGCACUUGUAACAUCAGUUUGCUCUGCUCCCAUCCCUGCCCAGCUGUUCCCACCUGCAAUCACACUCAUGGCAUGGCUGGUGCAGAAGGGAGGGGCUCCCCCAACCGCUGUAGAUCCAGGAGCUGACAUUGUGGUUUCCAUAGCCCACUGUGCAAAGGGAAGCUGAUCUGAGCAAUGCCAGCUUUUUCACACACACACCCCGUGCGUGCAACAAGAAACUACACCAACAGGCAGUUGGGGGCAUGAAAUGUGUGUGCGUACAGAAGAAGCAGAGGCAUGUGUGCCAGCACGGACCUUCUUCAGUGCGCAAGCACCACACAACUUUUUGCACACACGAGUGGCACUUAUCGCUAUGUUAAGAGCCAGCCGCAGGUUUGGCGUGGCGACUGCUGUUCCUGAUGGCCUGGGAAACGGCCAGGGGAAGCAGGGAAGCAGGGAUGGGGACAGUGGCAACUAUUUAUUCUGGUGGUAUGUACCCUCUGGCCUGCAAAGGCUCACCAUCACCAAUGCAACCCAUGCUAGGUUUGCGUGGGAACUUGUAGCCUGUAAAGCGAGGAGGGCAGCUAUAGCAGGUGAAGAUUCAGUAAGUGGGGAGGAAGGUGAAACAAACUGAGACACACAGACACAGGGGUGGAGAAGGAGGGCUAUUGGCAAAAAUCUGGAAUUUGACCAGCCCAAGAUCAUCUAGGCUAGGAGAGGUGAUGCAGCUUCCCGUGAAAGCUGUAGGACCGAGGCCCUCAUUUUGGUAGUCCAAAGGCUGAAAAUGGAGGAGCCCAAGACACCUCAAAGUAAUUAGUUUUCUGCUUAGACAGCCCAUAGCACGUUAGUGGUGGAUGGAUGUUAGUGAUGAUUAGGGAAAACAGGUGCUGGGUGAAGCUAGGGUUUCUCCCCACUGCGGCGCCCUUAAAAGUACUGGAGUGCCAUACAAAGUUCUGCUGGAUAGCCAUAGGUUCUGUGUAUACCAGCAUACCUUUUUUUGCACCAAGUCAGGACCUGUCAGUUGGGCCAUCUGAAAUAUUCACCCUGUAACAAUAAGGAUAGGUGUCAGUAGCCUGCAGAGUUUGGAAAUGUGAUCAGUCUCUGAUAGCACCUCUAGUUGUAGCUAGGCAGGGCUUCCUUCCUCUGGAUCACGGAAUGCCUUUGGAUGUUACAUUAUUUGAGGGCUUCCUGUUCUCUGUGAUAUGAAACAUAUCAAGUUGUCUUAUAUAGAGCAUUGGUUCCAUCGAGCUCCAUGUUCUGCUACACUGGCUGGCAGAGGCUCUCAUGGGUUUCAGUGAGAGGUCUUUCUAUCUGAAGAUGCCAGGGGUAGGACCUAGGACCUUCUGCCCGAAAAACAUGGACCCGGAUACAGAGCUCUAGUGAGAUUUCUGUCUCUCUCUCUCUCUCUCAUGGGACCGCUUGAUGAAAUGUGUGUGUUUUGGGAGCAGGGAAGUGUGGAGCACGUUCUUCCUCACUUCCUCUCCUACAACCCUGACACCCUGUCUUUAUGAUGUUACUUCCAAAGCUGCUCCUCUACACCCCCUUGCUUGAUUAUUAAAAGGAGGCUGAGCCUGUCCAGGGAUGCCAAAACUCCAUGAACAGAGAUUCAAUGUCAGCUUGCCUGAACAUGGCAAAUUAAGAAAACUAGCACAUCUGUGCUUAUUUUGAACCACUUGCUCCUCUUCUUUGAAUCAUGGCAAGGAAGACAAUGAGCAGUGCUUCCCUCCUCCCUCCCCCUGAAAUAUAGGUGAUGGAACUCAACAUGAAGUUGUUACAGUAAGUCACCGGCCCAUGGGCUAAGCCCCCUGGAAACAUUUCCUUUGCAUCAGCCAGAGCUGGGCUCCAAAAUCCAAAUUAUGCCUGGCUCAUAACAGGAAAGGGCCUGAGGAGAGGGCGGAAAGUGACAGACAAGGGAAGGUCCCAUAUUCCUCUCAAGGACGCCCUUUGCAGGAGUACAGGGGAGCUGCUUUGUCCUACUAGAUAGAUGCUUUGUCCAUCAAGCCUCAUCCGUCUAUUCUGACUGUCAGCAGUUCCCAGGGUCUCACUCAGAGAGUGGUCUCCCAGUGACCUGCUGUGCUAUAACUAGGGAUCCUGGGGAUUGGACCCAGGAACUGCAAAGCAUAUGCUCUGCCAUUGAGCUGUCAGCCACUCUGGGAUCAUAAAGCACAGGAAGCAGCCCUUCCUCAUUGCCUGCUCCUUGAUCUUUUGAAUCGGAAGAUUCCAGGGGAUCUUCUGCAGGCAAAAAGCUGUGUGUAGCCGCUAAGAGACGAUCCCCUCCUCUUGUGCUCACCAAAUCAGCUCUCUGCCCAUCUUCCAAUGUGAUUGUGGCACACCUGGGUUAAAACACACAGUGCUGGGGUCCAUCAUGUAGUCUUUUCAGCCACUGUCCCCUUAAGCAGAUCCUUAGGUGUGCUUAGAUGCCUCCCUUCAAAACCAGAGGGACCCCCCAGACUGUUUCAGCAGUGCCUGGGUCUUGCCCACCACAUCCAUUCAACCAAUAAUUACAAAUCUACUUUUAUGUUUGAGAUUGCGAAUCACGGCUUCGUCCCGUGGAACCUAAACAAAACUUGAGAAAUGAAAACCAUCCACACUGUGAUUAAAAAGGGGGGAAGUUUUAUGAUUUGGUCACUCUGAAGGGGCAGGGGAGUGUCAUAUGCAGAAAUUAGCCUUCUGGGUACAUAGCUCAGGUGGAGUCUUUAAAAGUGCAUCUAUCUGUUCUGGCUGCGUAUGAAGGGCUGGGUUUUGUUUUUAAGCAACAAGGAAGCCUUGCCACUGUUUCAGGCAGCAGUUCAGUGGCCCUGGCCAUGGAACAUGCACCUCAGUGUGACACUAUGUGACGAGGUGGCUUCAUUCUCAGGGGGAUCUCCUGGCUACCCCCCCUUUUGCGGGGCCAUGUAUGAUAGUCCCCAGGGACAUCCCUUUCCAGGGCAUAGCCGGAGCUGCCAAGCCACUGUUUCUUAGGGGAGAAAUUUGAUUCAGUCCGCAUUUAAAGAUGAAUCCGCCCAAUUCGUACUUUCCAAAACAAUACACAAACUUAAAAACAGCCAUCUUUCAAAAUCUGCACUUGUCUGAAUUUUGAAAGGCAGUUCUCCAGCCAAAUAAUGUGUGCAAAAUAAAAAUGCACAUACAAGAUUAGUGUGUGCAUUGAAGUGCAUAUGUUAAAGUAACACUCAAAACGCACUUUGCAAAAACGUGUAUAUUAGGCAAAAAUGCAUACAAACGUGGGUAUAUUAGGAGACUUUUGCACUAAAAUGUUGAUGUAUUUUCAGGAGGACUUUUUUUUUUAAGUGAAAUGAUAUGAAUACCUGGAGAAUUUAAGGCUGAAUAAAUUAGAAAAUGGGAGAAACCAAAACUGACAGAUUCAUCGACCCCGACUGCUUCUUUUCUGUUGUGCAAAAGAAGAAAAAGCUCUCAGCCUCCUUGUAUUUAAGCCGAAGAUGAGAUGAUCUUUAAAAGAAAUUUGUCCACCUCCAAAAAUAAUGGAAUACCUCCCUCCCUGCUACUUCCACAGAUGGUGGGAAUAAUAUUCAGCUUCUGGCGGUGGGGGUGUGCACAUUUAGCCAGCUCUGCUUUUGAGCUGGCUGCUUGCGCACACUGAUGUGCAGGAGGAAAAAGAUCUGUAUCUGGGACCACCAGUUGCAAGUGUACAGCCCAUUGCCCAUGACUUGAACUAGAGGGGAGGGAGCAGGAUGCUACAUAGACCAUAAUAUUACCAUGCAGAAAGAAACAUGUUUCUAAAGAAAAAAAAUUCAGAGGCUGAAUUCACUCUAAUGAAAACGACAUACCGGUAAUUUCACAGAGCAUGUGGAAAGAGAUCUUUUAUUUCAUAGUGCUCCCAUGCCAUAGUGCUCCUCCCUCAGUUGUUUUGCACAGGGCAUGGCAUCCCCACCCAGAUUUCCCCCCAUCCCCCCCAUGGCCCUCCAUAUUCAUAGGCAGGAACGGGCAUAACUUAAGUGUCUGUUUAGUAUGGAACGGAAGGGUGCUCUCUGCCAAGGUAAACAUUAUGAAUAGAGAAGUGAGGUUGGCCUUAACUUAAGGAUAGCCUCGGCUCUUGCUUUCGGUUCAUGUCACAGCACAGUUUCUGGACAAUGGGGGGGGGAGUGCCUUCACUUUCCUCAGCUUGCCACCACAACACAGCUAUUUAUUUUACCCCACCAUUAUUCUGCCUCUCCCCCACCCCCCCACCCUCCGUGAUUUGCACCUGGACCAGGUACCAAAAACCUAUCAGGAUUUGGGCAACAUAUCUUGCUACAGCUCAUAAUGACACUCGUUGAGAAAGGGUGAGUUUCCCUCCCAAUUUUGCCCAUGAGACUGGCAGGAUGUGUAUUAGAGUAGCCUGCAUUUCUCUUUGCUCUGGGUUUCUAUCAGCUCCAGGCUAAAAUAAUAAUAAUAAUUAAAUAAAUUCAGAUGGGCUCACAGGCUAUAAAUGUUUACAUUGCUGGAUCAUGUACUGAAUUUAAUAUAUUUUGACUCUGUAGGAUUCUUUUUGUUUGUUUGUUUGUAACUAUUAUUGCAAUGAUGUCCCCCCCUUUUUACUACUAUAAUUAUUUUGGUCCAGCUCCUGAGAUCAUUGUAAUAAUUUCAGCCUCAGUUUCCCAAAUGGAUUGGACGAGAACACUAAUCAUAAGUGGAGCAGCGAGUCCGGUGCCAGCAGUCUGGCGUACACAGAAGCGGGAGACUGUCAAGUACUUGUUGCUUGUGGAGCAAGGGUGUGUGUGUGUGUGAGUCUGUUCCCUGAGGGUUAGGAACACAACUGCCUCCAUUUAAUCUUCUGUGCAUGCACACACACACACACACACACACACACACACACACACACACACACCCUUAAUCUUGAAGUGAUGGAGAGAAAGGAAGGAGAACCUGGAAGGAGGAUAGAAGUGGGAAAUGCCUGCUCUCACUCUGUACACCUGUACAGUGCAAAUCGAAUAAUGCCCCCCAGUGAUAAUGCAAGGAGAUUGAGAGAUGAAAAAGGCCCCCCUCCCAGUGCACCCCGAGCUGUGGCCCCAAUUUUGUGGAGGGCAGGAGGAAAAGCUAGCCCUCCUCAUAUGCUACCUGGCCACACAGCCGGCUUAACCAGAGAGAUUCCUCCCCCCAGCAGCAGGAAGCGCCCCUCUUUGCUCAGCGAUCUUUGUGGUGUGUUAACCGUGAGGUCAUCGUGUGUGCAAUGGAGUCAUAUUCGCUAAGCGUCGUGUUUUACCGUCUUUUUUUGUGGAAGUGCAGUGCAGCGCUGAGGGGCUGGGGAGUCGAGUGAGGGCUGAGCAGGGACGGGCUGAGGAGCCGAUCGCAGCCGCUUAGGAAGGCAGUGGCCUUGGAGGGAUGGGGGUGAUGAGCAGGGAGACGAAGGAGAGCAACUGAGGUGGCAGCUCCUCUGGAGAAAGCAAAAUUGAAAUCAUGGGAGUGUGUAGGAUAGUUCACUGGUUGCCUUGGAAAUUGAGAUUUAUUUAUUUACUGCCACCCACCCACCUGGGCUUCUAUGGGGAUACUCAGCCUAUAGCCCUGACUUGAAGGUCAGCGGCCAAGCUAGCCAACAGAAGCAGCUUUGACCAUCCCGAUGGUCCAUCAGUUGAUCUGGCCUCUGCAGGCUUUCCUUGUCCCCGUCCCAUAAGUCACUGAAACACGUGAAUGCGGCUGACAAUCCUGAGACCACCCAUGUCUCGCCUGCCUGCCUGCCUUGGAAUAGCUUCAUGAAGCAAGUGCCAAGCAGAGGAGACGCCUUGUGUGCUCCAUGGCUGAGCAUGCACGUGGCAUGGGUGGGCCACUCCCCUUCUAGCUUCAGGCACUGUGGCACCCAUCAGCCAUAACAGGGAAGCAAGGCGUGCCCUCACUUUUCCAGUAACACUUGGCGCUCCAGUGACUUAGGAUUUCUGGAUCCUCCCCAGAGUGAACACACUGGCGUUAAUGUACGUGACUAAGUUAGGUCCGUUGACUUCGGUAGCUCUACUCUGAGCAGGGCUUGGCUGGACGCAAUCCUCAGCUAAAACGUCAAAAAUGAAAGCAAUUCAUUAGAGCAAUCCUACAUUUGGGGGGGGGGUGCUCCUCCCCCCUCUGUUUUCUUUUAAUUUGCCUUCUUUUUGGGUGGGAGGAAGGACAAAUUGUGCUCAAAACUGAAAGAUGAUUAUGCUUUCCACUGUUGUACUCGUGUCACCAAUCCGAUGCUGAUUCAAAAGGGUCAGAAUGCCACUGGCCCGCAUGGGUGUGAUUCCAUCUCCCCAGGGAAGACAAGCUUCUGCGCUGAUGUGAGUACGGAGCGUUCUGUGAUGACUCUUACUCCCUUUCCCCCUUUCUGAAAACUCUUUGCCGUUGUGUAAUACAGUGCUUAGCCAAGGUUCAACUGAAGAACUUAUGAAGUAAUUUUUUUAAAAAAGAAAAGAAAAGGGUGCUACAGGGCAUGUGCAAAAUCCUUCUCCCUCAGAUAACCCAGUAUCAUGGAAUAGGGGCAGAACUUCCAAGCCAAGCAAGGCCAGCUGGAUCCUCAAAAAAAUCCUCUCUUUUUUAGUCUGAAUGCAGAGCUGCUUUGUGUGAAUGAACAAGAGUGGACCUUGCUAUACGGUCGUGUAGUCACGGUGUUCUGUGGAUCCUGAGAUCAGGUUGUGUGACUCUUAACAUUUCCAAGUACAAAGCUGCCCUUGGCUCAACCCACCAUAUCAGGGUCUGUGGGAUGCUUGGAUUUUUUUUAAAAGAAUAAUCAAUUACACUGUAAGGAGCAAUUGGCUGCAGGCAGGGGGUUCCUUCGAGCGGCCCCCCAGUUUCAGCAAUGCUGAGUCAUGACAGUGCAUUUAGCAGGCAGGUGAGUCUGAACCAAGCACAGUCGUAGUGUAUCAGCACUGCCUGUGCUUUGCCACUGUGCCCACAUUUCCAGAACUGCACAGGACAGCUGAUUCACAUGAUCUGGCGGAAGGUCGCGCAGGGUGAGGCUGCACACCAGGUCCGCGGCAUUCAGUUCUCAUCGAAAUACUAGCUCCACAGAAAGGGCCGGUGCAGGGGAUGGUGCUAUGCCAGGAAGUUCUGCCUAAAGGUUGGGCCAAACCAAACAUCUCAAUAAAAAAGAAAAAAGAAAAAUGGUGUCUUUCCCCCCUCCUCGUAUUUAUAACUGUACAGAUUCAAGGGGGGCUUAGGGUUUUCAACAGGCUGUUUAUCUCUCACCACACAUAUAUUGUACGCAAUGUAACCUUCUUGAUUGUGCUAUUCUAGUUUUUGUGUAUGUGGCAAUGUAAAGAACUGUGUAUAGUGCAUUGU